AUGGCUAGUAAAUACCAUGUUCGAUCAAUCAGUCUGCCUUCGAGGUCACAUCCUAGCACCGUAAUAAUUGAAGAAGAGUUAUGCAAGCUUAAGGCAUUGGAGGAAUCAUCAAGAUUGUUGUUAACAUCAGGGUCAAUUUGCAGGAGUCUUUCAGGACUUGAAGAGUUGUACAUGUGCUUGGAUGAUCUUCUUAAUAUGCCAUCAAGCCAACAAGUUCUCUCUCAGAAUAAACAUGAGAAGUGUGUUGAUGAAUUGUUGGAAGGAUCACUGAAGCUCCUGGAUAUUUGUGGCACCACAAGAUAUACCUUGUUGCAAAUUAAGGAACAUAUUCAAGCUCUUCACUCAGCCAUUCGAAGGAGAAAGGGGGGUUCAAGUGUUGAAAACAGCAUUGCUAGCUUCACUUGUUUCAAGAAGAAGAUGAAGAAGGAUGCAAAGAAAAUUAUUGGCAUAUUGAAGCAAAUGGAUAACAAUCUUGGAGUAUCACCACUUCUGGAACAAGAUCAUCACCUCUCGGCUGUGAUUCGAGUUCUUAAAGAAGUUAAUGCAACAAACAGCUCCAUCUUUCAGUCUCUCUUGUUCUUCUUGUCAAGACCAGGGUCGAAGCAAAGGCUAAACAGGUGGUCACUGGUUUCAAAAAUGAUGAACAAGAGAGGCAUAGCAUGUGAAGAGAAGCAAGAGAUUUUGAUUGAGUUGGAAAGUCUGGAUUCUGCACUGUGCAACUGUGAUGUUGAGAAGAUGCAAAAUAUCCAUGAAAGACUAAAGGCUACGGAGAACAGCAUUGAAGGCCUAGAGAAAGGUUUGGAGAAAAUGUUUAGGGGCUUGAUCAGAUCAAGAACCUCUCUCUUAAACAUAAUCUCCCUAUAG